AAGAAAAUUAUAAUAUUUAUGAUUCCUUUUGAUUCAUAAUGGAUGUUACUACGAAGUUACUAAAGUUUAUUUCGUAAUGAUAUGGAAUCGCAUCAGAAAAUUCUAAGAUGAACGACUCCUUUCCCAUAAUCCACCUAAAUUACAACUUUGAAAACUUCACAAUGUCUCCAAACCUAACAAAUUCAACAGCGGAACAAGAUGCAUGGGAAAUGUGGACUGCUUUAGUGCAAGAUAGGGCAGUGGUAGUAUCGUUGCUUUUAUUAUUCUCAAUGGCGACGGUUUUCGGGAAUAUGUUGGUAAUAAUGGCUGUCGUAAGAGAACGAUAUCUUCACACUCCGACGAAUUACUUUAUAACUUCAUUAGCAGUCGCUGAUUGUUUAGUAGGAUUGGUCGUAAUGCCUUUUAGUGCUUUGUACGAAGUUUUAGAACACACGUGGUUCUUUGGAAACGAUUGGUGCGAUAUCUGGAGAUGUUUGGAUGUACUUUUUAGUACCGCUUCGAUUUUAAAUUUAUGCGUAAUCUCUUUAGAUCGAUACUGGGCGAUAACCGAUCCGAUAACUUACCCAAUGAGAAUGACAAAAAUAAGAUCAGCCCUUCUUAUCGCAGCUGUAUGGGUCUGUUCGUCAGCGAUAUCUUUUCCAGCUAUUGCUUGGUGGAGAGCCGUCCGAACGGAUCCAAUACCCGAUUGGAAAUGUCCAUUUACAGAACAUUUGGGAUAUUUAAUUUUUUCAUCGACGAUUUCAUUUUAUUUACCAUUAUUCGUCAUGGUGUUUACUUAUUAUCGAAUUUAUCGAGCUGCUGUUGCCCAAACGAGAUCGUUAAGGUUAGGAACGAAACAAGUUCUUCUCGGCGCUGGAGAAUUGGAGUUAACUCUUAGAAUACAUCGCGGGGGUGGAACAUCUUGUAAAAUUCCCCCAACUCCAGAUACUCGCAAUUUGUAUUCAACUCAAGAAGAUGAACCAUUAACAGCUUUACAAAAUAACGGUUUGGCGCGUGUUGCUUCAACCCGAUUGGGGCCACAUAGUAAAAACUUUUCAUUGAGCCGAAAGUUGGCCAAGUUCGCGAAAGAAAAGAAAGCGGCAAAAACACUCGGUAUAGUAAUGGGGGUGUUUAUUGUAUGUUGGUUACCGUUUUUCGUUGUGAACUUAUUGAGUGGUUUUUGUCUGCAGUGCAUAUGGCACGAAGAGAUUGUUUUAGCGGUUGUCACAUGGUUGGGGUGGAUCAAUUCGAGUAUGAAUCCCGUGAUUUAUGCGUGUUGGAGCAGGGAUUUUAGAAGGUGA